AUGAGAUUUAGGAUAGACAAUACGGAUCACAUAAUUGAUGUUAAUAAAGGAAAUAUACCAUUUGAAUACGAUCAAGUGAAUAUAAUAUGUCCCGUGUAUACAAAUGGUACGCACGAAGAAGACACAGAAAAAUAUAUUAUAUAUAACGUAUCCAAGGAAGAAUACGAUACGUGUCGAAUCACAAAUCCAAAUCCUAGAAUUAUUGCAAUUUGUGACAAGCCAUAUAAGUUGAUGUAUUUUACAAUCACAUUCCGAUCCUUUACACCGCAGCCCGGCGGCCUGGAAUUCCAGCCCGGACAAGAUUAUUAUUUUAUAUCAACAUCUUCAAAAGAUGACAUUCAUCGUCGAAUCGGUGGACGAUGUUCAACUCAUAACAUGAAAGUUGUUUUUAAAGUUUGUUGCCCACCACAGGACGUUCAUAAUCAAACGUCGACAAAUCGGGCUCCAAGCACUGUGGCUGCUGUGAGCACAAAUUUGCAAUCGACGACUUCUUCGUCAACAACAACUCAUUGGCAUUCAUUGAGUCCUCCUAGGCCUACGUCGUAUAAAGACUUUGAUCUCAAUCGUAAUUACAAAUCAUCUACAAAAAAGACAGUUGAUAGUACGAACGAUCAAAAUGAAGUAGGGAAAAAAGGAAAAUUAACAAAUAAUCGAAGUAAUCGAUGUUUUUCAUCGAAUACGAUAUUAAUAAUAUUUAUAUCGAUUUUGAGGAUUUUCUUACGGUGA